ACUGAAGGAGAUGAUCUGUGUGAGACAGAUGUCACCAGCGUGGCCACACACAGUGUGAGCCUGCUCAUCUGCCUCUGCGGGCUGGCUGGGAACGGGGCUGUGCUCUGGGUCCUCAGGUUCCACAUCCAGAGGGACACCAUGAAACCCAUCACUACCUACAUCCUUGACCUGGCCAUCAUCAACUUCCUCUUCCUCAUCUUCAUGGUCCCCUCCGCUCUGCUCUUCCUGCUGGAGGAUUUCUCCUGCUCCUCCAUCAUGCCCCCAGCAUCCAUACGCUUCCUUUUCCUCCUCUUCCCGAUGUUCCACAGCGUAGGGCUGUACCGGCUGAGCAUCAGCAUCGAGAGGGGCAGGUCCAUGCUCUGCCCACCUGGGCUCUUCUGCCACCUUACCCAGGGCCUCUCAUGGGUGGUGGUCAAUGCCAUGCUUUGGGCCCUUUCCAUCACUGCCAUCGCUGCCAUUUCUGUGGUGAAUUCCCUGUGCCAGUCACAGGAACACAAGCUCUGCCAGGGAGCUCUCAUCUCCCUGUACAUCCUCAACUUCCUCGUCUUUGCUCCAUCCAUGGUCAUUUCCAGCACAAUCCUCUUCAUUCACUUCAAGGGUAGCUCCCAGCAGCAGCAAUCCAAGAGCCUUGACAUCAUUGUCUUCCUGGCUGUGCUCCUCACUCUCCCCCUCAGUCUCUGGAAUUUCCUGCAGCAGCUCGGCUACACCACUGUGUCCCCCCGGGUUGUUCUCCUGUUUGCCUGCAUGCACAGCAGCAUCAACCCCCUCAUCUACAUCUCAGUAACAAAGUGCUGGAGGCGCUGCUCCAUGGGGUCCCUCAGGGAGUGCCUCCAGAAGGUGUUUGAGGAGCCAGAAGGGAGCACUGCCCCCAUCCUCUCCGCCCUCCUGCUGCUGGUGGAGGACGUGUCCUGCUCUCCUAUUCUGCCCCUGCCUUACCUGAAUUUCCUUUUCGCUGCAUCAGCGAUGUCCUACUACAUAGGGCUGUUGUGGCUGAUAGUCAACAGCACUAUGCUGUAUAUGUGCAAGAUCUGCUGGCUCUGCUGCCGCAGGGAGCUUCCCGAGUGCCCGAGGCCGGUGCUGAUCAGUGUCCAGAGGUUGGCCUUCACUCUUCUCUUUGCUGUCAUGUUGAUGGUGACAUUCUCGUGCAGGGAGAACUGUCAGGCAAAUUUCAUCUCCAUGUACACCAUCUUCCUGCUCCUCUUUGUUGCACCUGUGGUCAUUUCUGGCACAAUUGAUUUCAUUAAGGCCAAGUGGGGCUCCCAGCAGCAGCAACCCAAGAGGCGCAACAUCGUUAUCUUUCUUAUGGCGCUCUUCAUUCUCUUCCUCAGCCUCUGGAAUUUCUUGCAGCAGCUCGGUUACAUCGCUGUGCCCUCUCAGGUUGUUUUCCUGCUCGCCUGCAUCCACAGCACCAUCAAACCCUUCAUCUACUUCUUGGCAGGGAGGUGCAGGAGGCCCUGCUCCAUAAGGUCCCUCCAGCUCUCCCUCCAGAGGGUCUUUGAGGAGCCAAGAGAAAACACUGCCCACAGCAAUGAUCCCACCAUGGACACGGGGAUCUGA